GGGGCCCGGCGGGCAGAGUAGAUGGUGAGUCUCCCCCUGGGAGCAGGCCCCCCCGCGCCAUGGCAAGCGUGGUGGUGAAGACAAUCUGGCAAUCCAAAGAGAUCCACGAAGCGGGGGACCCACCUGCGGGGGUCGAGAGCCGCGCCCAGCUGGUCCCCGAGGCUCCCGGGGGGGUGACCAGCCCUGCCAAAGGGAUAACGAAGAAAAAGAAGGCCGUGUCCUUCCAUGGGGUGGAGCCCCGGAUGUCCCAUGAGCCGAUGCACUGGUGCCUGAACCUCAAGCGGUCCUCUGCCUGCACCAACGUGUCCUUGCUCAACCUGGCUGCCAUGGAACCCGACUCCUCUGGCACAGACUCAACCACAGAGGACAGUGGUCCACUGGCACUGCCAGGGCCACCUGCUUCCCCUACAACACCCUGGGCUCCAGAGGACCCUGACAUCACAGAACUACUGAGUGGGGUCAACAGUGGAUUGGUACGUGCCAAAGACUCCAUCACCAGCUUAAAGGAAAAGACCACGCGGGUUAAUCAGCACGUUCAGACACUGCAGAGCGAGUGCUCUGUGCUGAGUGAGAAUCUGGAAAGAAGGCGGCAGGAGGCAGAGGAGUUGGAGGGGUACUGCAGUCAACUGAAGGAGAACUGCCGCAAGGUGACCCGUUCAGUGGAAGACGCUGAAAUCAAAACCAAUGUCCUGAAGCAGAACUCUGCCUUGCUGGAGGAGAAGCUAAGAUACCUCCAGCAGCAAUUGCAAGAUGAGACGCCCCGGAGACAGGAGGCCGAGUUGCAGGAGCUGGAGCAAAAGCUGGAGGCUGGUCUUUCCCGGCAUGGCUUGAGCCCUGCCACUCCCAUUCAGGGCUGCUCCGGUCCUCCUGGCAGCCCCGAGGAGCCCCCGCGGCCGCGAGGCCUGUCCUCCAGUGGUUGGGGCAUGGCAAUCCGCGCAGGGGAGGGACCCUCGCUGAGCGAGCAGGAGUUGCAGAAGGUCUCCACCGGCUUGGAGGAGCUGAGGAGGGAGGUGUCCUCGCUGGCAGCCCGGUGGCAUCAAGAGGAGGGGGCGGUGCAGGAGGCCCUGAGGUUGCUAGGAGGCCUGGGCGGCCGUCUGGAUGGCUUCCUGGGCCAGUGGGAGAGGGCACAGCGGGAACAAGCACAGUCCGCACGGGGCUUGCAGGAGCUGCGAGGGCGAGCAGAUGAGUUGUGCACUAUGGUGGAGAGAUCAGCCGUGUCUGUCGCUUCACUGAGGAGCGAACUGGAGGCGCUGGGCCCAGUAAAACCCAUUCUGGAAGAGCUGGGACGGCAACUUCAGAACUCCCGAAGGGGAGCUGACCACGUCUUGAACUUGGAUCGGUCUGCCCAAGGCCCCUGUGCCCGCUGUGCCAGCCAGGGGCAGCAGUUAUCCACGGAGUCCCUACAGCAGCUGCUGGAACGUGCACUGACCCCACUGGUGGAUGAGGUGAAGCAGAAGGGUCUGGCUCCUGCCUGCCCCAGUUGCCAGAGGCUACACAAGAAGAUUCUGCCCAGUCCAGUAAGCCCAGCGGCGCCUACACUCCUCUCCCCAGGAGCUGGAGCGCCAGGCCUUGGCCAAACACGUCAGGGCAGAGGCCCUGAGCUCCACCCUUCGGCUGGCCCAAGACGAGGCCGUUCGGGCCAAGAACCUACUGCUGACGGACAAGAUGAAGCCGGAGUGAGGACAGAGGCGGAGGGCAUGGGAGGAGGGGAGAAGGUGGCCACUUUGGACUAUAUGCAUUUGAAGAUGUGUUCCCUCCACGACCAACUCAGCCACCUGCCACUUGAGGGGUCCACAGGGGCAAUGGGGGGAGGAAGCACUGGAGGGGCUCCCCCUAAACGUGGGGGCCCAGGCUCUGAACAAUAAAUGGCCUCUCAUGCUGGCAUGAA